AUGUUAGAUCUAUUAGGGCCACUCCUGCUUCUGAGUUUCAAGGUCGCACGCGUGGAUGAUGUCAUCCUUCGGGAUGAUUAUGAAUGGACAGAAGAGAUGGAACGGGAGGCACGAGCCGCAGUGGACAUUUUGUCUGUGAUUACUCUGUCAGAGGAGGAGAGAGAACGUUUUAUUGUCAAUGCAUCAACAUACUGGGACAAAUUUUAUGACAAACACGAGGCCAGAUUCUUUAGGAAUCGAAAGUGGCUUCCUCGCGAGUUUGUUGAACUCAUUGAUGGGUCACUCUGUUCUGGUCCAUUCCUCUCUGGUCCUCCUUCAUUUCCUGGGAAAAACAGUAGAUUCCGCGUCCUCGAAGUCGGUAGUGGUCCUGGCAACUCAGUUGUACCAAUCCUUGAAAACCGGUGGCGUGGAGAAGAUGAGACAUUUGUCUACGCCUGUGAUUUUUCCGAGAAAGCGGUAUCAUUGGUUAGAUCCUCUCCCUCGUACAACCCCCAAUACUGCCUUGCUUUUCAACAGGAUAUUUCCAAACCGAAUCUAACCUGGCCAUUCCCUCCAGAAUGUAUUGAUGCUAUUUGCUGCAUAUUUGUCCUCUCUGCCAUCAGUCCCGACAGGAACCUCUACACCUGUUUACGACCAGGCGGAGUCAUAUUUUUCAGGGAUUACGGUCUGUACGACUUAUCGCAGAUACGAGUGAAGCAAGGGAGAUGUAUCGGGCGAAAUUUCUACACCCGAGGAGAUGGCACUUGUGCCUACUUUUUUGAACAAGGUAAUUCACAGAUACAAAGAUGCAUUCUCUAG